GAGGUAUUCAAGCAGAUAUCAUGAAUAAUUUCUGGAAGAUUGUGUUGGCAGUCUUGACGUUGACAAGUUACAAGACAAUACCCUUUGCGUAUCUAUUCAAGUUCUACUACGCCUAUACACGCUACGUUACAAGCAAAAGGUGGAAGUAUUUGAAAAUCGGAGGAAAAAACACCUUUGAUAUCACUAUCGAGAAGAAAGGACCAUUGGCUGUGUUUGAGCCAAACGUGUACUCGAGUUAUGUGUCACCUUUAGAGUAUGAUAUGUUUCUCCACAAGUCGAACUCAACUUACUUUGCUGACAUGGACUUUGCCCGGAUGAAAUUGCUUUGCCAAAAUAUGCAAAAAGGCUUCUUCACGUACAUGUUCAACGAGUACAACGAUUUCAAGAAGGCUUCAGUGUUCAAUUAUCCUUUUGUACCAGUGGCUAGAGUCGAGUGUACUUUCAAGAAGGAAUUGAAGCUAUUCGAGAAGUUUGACGUUGUUUCAAGAGUUGGUGCUUGGGAUGAUAAAUGGUUGUAUGUUAUUUCCAAGUUUGUUAAAACGAGCGAUAACAGAACCGUUGCCAUUGGUGUUACGAGAUAUGUCUUUAAGCUCGGAAGAAUCACCAUCCCUCCUAAAGAAUUCAUCAAGAGAAGCGAAUUGUUGACGAGUGAAGCCGAAGCUGCCAACGAGAAAUACUUGGAAAAGUUCAAGCAUUUUGCUUCAACCGAUGACUUCGAACAACUCUGUGACUCCUUUUAGACCCAUAGACCUUUAUAGAAACUUUACAAAUAUGAUAUUUAUUAUUU